GGAAGCAAAAUAUUCACUUGCUUCUGCUUGUUUUUGAAGUGAAAAGGUGAGAGAGAGAGAGAGAGAGGGCUCCAGCAUUUGUCCGCUCAGCUCAGAGCUUGCUUCCUUCCCCUUCUCCAUUGCUGUUCCUGGCCUCCAAUAAUGCUGACGAGAAGGCUGCCCCUUCCACUCUUCUUGUUCUUUCUAUCAAAUGCCUCCUUGCUCUCACUUUGCAGCUUCUUAGUUGCUUCUUCUACGCCUUUGGUUACCCAUGAUGAUGCACUCUCUCUUCUCGCAUUCAAAUCCAAAGCCGAUUUGAACAAUAUCCUUUUCUUCUCUCCAAAUACCAGCCUCCAUUUCUGUCAUUGGCAGGGAAUCAAAUGCGCGCAGCAAAAGGUUGUGCGCCUCGUCAUCCAAGGUCAAGAUCUAGCUGGCGUUUUCGCUCCCGACACUUUGACCCUCCUUGACCAGCUCCGAGUCCUGAGUUUGCAGAACAACUCGCUCACCGGGCCCAUUCCCGACCUCUCCGGACUCGCCAACCUCAAAACCCUCUUUCUCGACCACAACUCCUUCACCGGCUCUUUCCCACCUUCGCUACUCUCACUCCAUAGGCUCCGUACCAUUGAUAUCUCCCACAACAACUUCACCGGACCAUUACCCGCCUGGUUGGCAACCGUGGACCGCCUCUACUACCUCCGUCUCGAGUGGAACCGGUUCAACGGAACGGUUCCUCCGCUCAACCAGUCCUCCCUCCGGUCCUUCAACGUAUCAGGAAACAACCUAACCGGUCCCAUUCCAGUCACACCCACUCUGAUACGCUUCGGUCCAUCCUCCUUCUCAUGGAACCCAAAUCUCUGCGGCGAGAUCAUACACAAAGAGUGCCAGCCUGUCCAACCCUUUUUCGGCCAAUCGGCUCCGCUGGCGGCUCCGCCCCCUCCGGCGUCGCUCGGUCAAAGCGCGCGUGCACACGGCGUUGAACUGGCUCAUGAACCAUUUCAAAAGAAGCACAAGAAAGCCGCCGUGAUUAUGGGGUUCUCGGUCGGUGUUUUGGCCCUCAUCGGUUCGCUUAUCUGCUUCAUGAUGGCCGUAAAGAAAGAGAGGAGCAAGAAAGACUCGCCGGCGCCUGUAAUGGCUACGGCGGACGCGGCGGCGACGGCUCAAGCCGCGGCGGUGAUGCAAAUAGAGCAAGAGGAGUUGGAAGAGAAGGUGAAGAGAGUGCAAGGAAUGCAAGUGGCAAAGAGUGGGAACUUGGUAUUCUGUGCGGGUGAGGCGCAGCUGUAUACACUGGACCAGCUGAUGAGGGGUUCCGCUGAGUUGCUAGGGAGAGGGACCAUAGGGACCACCUAUAAAGCCGUGCUUGAUAACCGUCUGAUCGUUAGCGUGAAGCGGCUUGAUGCUGGUAAAUUAGCGGGCACGAGUCAGGAAAUGUUCGAGCGGCACAUGGAAUCAGUGGGUGGGCUUAGGCACCCUAAUCUGGUUCCGCUUAGGGCUUAUUUUCAUGCCAAGGAAGAACGGCUUCUUGUAUAUGAUUACCAGCCCAAUGGCAGUCUCUUCUCUCUCAUUCACGGUUCAAAAUCAACGAGGGCAAAGCCACUCCAUUGGACAUCAUGCUUGAAAAUAGCAGAGGACGUGGCCCAAGGACUCUCUUACAUCCACCAAGCAUGGAGGCUCGUCCAUGGCAAUCUCAAGUCCACCAACGUCCUCCUUGGACCCGACUUCGAGGCAUGCGUCGCGGACUACUGCCUCUCCAUCCUUGCUUACCCAUCCUCCUCCUCCGACGACAACAACUCUGCCACGUAUAAAGCCCCGGAAACUCGCAAUUCAAGUCACCAAGCUACCUCCAAAUCCGAUGUCUACUCGUUUGGAAUAUUGUUGCUAGAGCUUCUCACUGGCAAGCAUCCAUCGCAGCACCCAGUUUUGGUGCCCAAUGAUAUGGUAAAUUGGGUUAGAUCCAUAAGGGAAGAAGAUGGUGGGGAGGACAAUAGGAUGGAAAUGCUUCUUGAGGUGGCCAUAGCUUGUAGCUUGACCUCGCCUGAGCAGAGGCCCACUAUGUGGCAGGUAUUGAAGAUGUUACAGGAGAUUAAAGAGACUGUAUUAAUGGUGGAUAGUGAAUUGGACCCGCAGAGUGGGCUGUCCUAGUUAUAUUAUUUGUACGAUACGAUGGGUGAUGCAUAGAAAAUAUAGAUUGGAGAGCAAAUGCAAUGCUACUUUCCCUUGCUUUUCCUCCAA